AUGGCCUCUAGCUGCGUGCUGCAGAUCACCGGGCUGAUUUUCGGCGGCGUGGGCAUGGUGGGCACGCUGGCAGCCACGGCCAUGCCCCAGUGGAGGGUCUCUGCCUACGUGGAGAGCAACAUGGUGGUGUUUGAGAGCAUCUGGGAGGGGCUGUGGAUGGACUGCAUCAGCCAGCUGGGCCUCAGGCUGCAGUGCAAGUUGUACGACUCGCUGCUGGCGCUGCCGCCGGCGCUGGAGGCCCUGCGGGCGCUGAUGUGCGCGGCGGCGGGGCUGGCCCUGCUGUCGUUCCUGCUGGCCAUCGCGGGGCUGCAGCGGGGCCAGCGGGGCCCCCGGGCGGGCAGCCCCGCGCUGCUGGCCGCGGGCACGGCCGCGCUGCUGGCGGGGGCGCUGGCGCUGGUCCCGCCGUCCUGGACCGGCGGCAGCAUCGUCAGGGACUUCCACGACCCGCGGGUGCCCGCGGCCCUGAAACGGGAGCUGGGCACGGCGCUGUUCGUGGGCUGGGCCAGCAGCGCCCUGCUGCUGGCUGCCGGGGCCAUCUACUGCCACAGCUCCUGCCGGGCCGGGGCGGGCGGCCACGGCUACCCCCGGCUGGAGCGGGCCGCGGGGCCCAGGCCCGGCCAUGCCUACGUCUAG